GAGUCACACAUAAAGCACGAGCGAGCGAAAACGAUCGUUCUCCGAUCCCGGACCGCGUUGUUCGCUCCCCCCCCACCCCUUCCUGGAGCCCGGGGCUGGCCGGGGGAAGGUGGCUCCGUUCUUCCCCCGAGGCCAGUGCGGGGUCUGCGGCUGCCCGGCGAGGUUCCGGCUUCCCCGGGGCUGGCCGGGGGAGCCCCGAGAACUGCAGGCCCGCCCCCCCUUCCUCCUCCUCCUUCCCCUCCUCCCCCACGUGUCCUCCCGGAGCCCAGCGGCCUGAUCCCAGCACCCCCCACCACCUCCCUCCUCCUCCUCCCGCUUCGCCCGUUUCCCCGGUGGCGUGGAGAAGAGCAAAGUUGCGACAGCGGCUGGGGGGGCUCUGCCCAGGAUCGGCACGGUGAAGGACUGCUAGUCUCGGAUGGAAAGUAGCCACCAGUGCAACUCGGGUCGCCCCCACUAUUACUUCGGGGGAGUGGCCACAGCUGGUCUUAUCUGGUGGUGAGUGGCUGUCAUGAUCUCUACAGCACCGCUCUACAGCGGCGUGCACAACUGGACCAGUUCUGACCGGAUUCGCAUGUGUGGCAUCAACGAGGAGAGAAGAGCACCUCUUUCUGAUGAGGAGUGCACGACAGGUGACUGCCAGCACUUUGGAUCUCAGGAGUUUUGUGUCAGCAGCAGUUUUUCCAAGGUGGAGCUCACAGCAGUUGGAAGUGGCAGCAAUGCCCGGGGGGCAGACUCAGAUGGCAAUGCGACAGAAAAACUUGGGCCCAAGUCGGAAGAGCAGUCUGAUGACCCCCAGCCGAAAAUGGACUAUGCUGGGAAUGCAGCAGAGGCCGAGGGCCUCCUGGUGCCACUGAGCAGUGCAGGAGACGGGCUCAAGCUGCCCACGUGUGAUAGCGCUGAGGCUGGCGAGAGCAGGGCUGACUGCUCCUGGACUGCCCUCAGCACCCAAAUGAGCAAGCAGGUGGACUGCUCGCCGGCCGGGGCAAAGGCUUUGGACUCUCGCCAUGGUGUCGGGGACAAGAACACUUUCAUCUUGGCAACUCUGGGAACUGGAGUCCCCGUGGAGGGGACCCUGCCUCUGGUUACCACUAACUUUACUUCGCUGCCCGCCCCCAUCUGUCCGCCUGCUGCCGGGUCAGCGUCCGCGCCCCCAUCCGUUCCCGAUUCAUUCCAGGUGCCCCCAAUCUUUACCCCAGCCCCCACACCCAUGCCGGCUGCCACACCAACUGCCAUUCCCACCUCGGCACCCAUCCCGGCCUCCUUCAGUUUGAGUCGGGUGUGCUUUCCUACAGCUCAGGCACCAGCUAUGCAAAAAGUCCCCCUGUCCUUUCAGCCGGGGACAGUGCUGACCCCAAGCCAGCCACUGGUCUAUAUCCCCCCUCCGAGCUGUGGACAGCCACUCAGUGUAGCCACACUGCCAACCACCCUGGGGGUCUCUUCCACUCUUACGCUCCCAGUCCUGCCGUCCUACCUGCAGGACAGGUGUCUCCCAGGGGUGCUGGCCUCCCCAGAGCUCCGGUGUUACCCGUAUGCGUUUUCCGUGGCCCGGCCUCUGACUUCAGAUUCCAAGCUGGUUUCCCUGGAGGUGAACAGGCUACCCUGCACCUCCCCGUCCAGCAGUAUCGCCACCCAGACUGCGCCCGACGGGGUCCCUGGGCCUUUGGCAGAUACCUCCCUCACCACUGCUUCUGCCAAGGUGCUUCCAGCCCCGCAGCCUUUGCUGCCGCCCCCCAGUGGGAGCUCAGCCCCGCUGCAUCCCACCAAGCUGCCGGGUGGUGCUGAGCAGCAAACAGAAGGGACGUCUGUGACCUUCUCGCCCCUCAAGUCGCCGCCACAACUGGAGCGAGAGAUGGCCUCUCCAUCUGAGUGCAGCGAGAUGCCCCUCGACCUCUCCUCCAAGUCCAACCGCCAGAAGCUUCCAUUGCCGAACCAGCGUAAGACACCCCCCAUGCCCGUGUUGACCCCUGUGCACACCAGCAGCAAGGCCCUCCUCUCCACGGUCCUCUCCAGGUCUCAGCGCACAACCCAGGCUGCUGGCAGCAAUGUCACCUCCUGCCUGGGCUCGACCUCCUCCCCCUUUGUCAUAUUUCCUGAGAUCGUGAGGAACGGAGACCCAAGCACCUGGGUGAAAAACUCCACCGCGCUCAUCAGCACCAUUCCUGGCACCUAUGUGGGAGUGGCCAACCCAGUGCCUGCAUCUCUGCUGCUGAACAAAGACCCCAACCUAGGCCUCACCCGAGACCCCCGCCAUCUCCCCAAGCAGGAACCCAUCUCCAUCAUCGACCAAGGAGAGCCCAAGAGCGCCAGCGCCGCAUGCGGCAAGAAGGGCAGCCAGGCUGGCGCCGAGGGACAGCCAAGCACAGUCAAAACCCGCUUCACCCCGGCGCGCAUUGCCCCGGGGCUGCCAGGAUGCCAAACCAAGGAGCUCUCUCUGUGGAAGCCCACGGGGCCGGCCAAUAUUUAUCCACGGUGUUCAGUCAACGGGAAACCCACCAGCACCCAGGUCCUGCCUGUUGGCUGGUCACCAUACCACCAAGCGUCUCUGCUUUCCAUUGGCAUUUCCAGUGCUGGGCAGCUGACUCCUGGUCAGGGGGUGCCCAUCAGACCCACCAGCGUGGUUUCGGAGUUUUCCGGUGUGCCGCCCGUGGGCUCCGGAGAAGCCGUGCACGGACUUCCUGACGGGCAGCCCCGGCCUGGGGGCCCUUUCACUCCAGAGCAGGACGCUGUCACAAAGAGCAAAACUUGCCGGAUCGCUGCCAAGCCUUACGAAGACCAAGUCAGCCCUGUCCUCUUGACUCUCAGCCCUCAGACAGGGACCCUGGCGCUGUCUGUUCAGCCUAGCGGUGGGGACAUGAGGGUGAAUCAGGGGCCCGAGGAAUCAGAGAGUCACCUCUGCCCUGACAGCACUCCUAAGAUGGAGGGCCCCCAGGGUGCUUGUGGCCUGAAACUGGCAGGAGACACGAAGCCUAAGAACCAAGUGCUGGCCACCUACAUGUCCCAUGAGCUGGUCCUGGCCACCCCUCAGAACCUGCGCAACAUGCCUGAGCUGCCUUUGCUACCUCAUGACAGCCACCCCCAGGAACUCAUCUUGGACGUGGUUCCGAGCAGCAAGAACCAGGUGGAUCUAGGGCGGGUGAAAACGGAGAAGGUAGAUGGUGAUGUGGUCUUCAAUUUAGCUCCCUGCUUCCGGGCCGAAGGCCUCCCAGCUGCUCCCCCGCGGGGCCAGGCGGAAGGGAGGCCCAAGGCCGGGCAGGCUCGCGUGAAACGGGAAAGCAUGGGGGUUGUUGCUUGCAAGAACAAGUGGCAGCCCGAGGACGGGCCAGAAUCUGUGCCUCCCAAGAAGAAGUGUGGCAAAGAGAAGGAAGGUGAAGAGCAGCAGCAGCCGCAGGCUAAGCCCGGAGUCCGGAGUUCUGUUGGACCCAAGUGCCGGAAGCCGUCCAGUGACCCCCAGGAACUCACCAAGAAAAGCCCCAGGGGGUCUUCAGAUUCAGGAAAAGAGCACAACGGAGUCAGGGGAAAGCACAAGCACCGGAAGCCAGCAAAGCCGGAGUCCCAGUCCCCAGGAAAGCGAGCCGAGGCUCCUGAGGAAGGCUCCAUGGAAAAGAAAGCAAAGAGCAGUUUCCGUGACUUCAUCCCUGUGGUUCUGAGUACCCGGACGCGCAGUCAGUCUGGAAGCAUCUGCAGCUCCUUUGCUGGGAUGGCAGACAGCGACAUGGGAAGUCAGGAGGUCUUCCCCACCGAAGAGGAGGAGGAGGUAGCCCCCACGCCAGCCAAGCGGCGAAAGGUGAGAAAGACCCAGCGGGACACCCAGUAUCGUAGCCAUCAUGCCCAGGACAAGACCUUGCUGAGCCAGGGCCGCAGGCACUUGUGGCGAGCCCGAGAGAUGCCCUGGAGGACAGAGGCUGCCCGGCAAAUGUGGGACACCAAUGAAGAAGAGGAGGAAGAGGAGGAGGAGGGCCUGGUGAAGAGGAAGAAACGGAGACGGCAGAAGAACCGGAAAUAUCAGACUGGGGAGUACCUGACCGAACAAGAAGAAGAGCAGCAGCGGAAGGGGAGAGCAGAUUUAAAGGCCCGUAAGCAGAAGACUUCCUCCCAAAGUUCGGAGCACUGUCUCAGGAACAGGAACCUUCUCUUGCCCACUAAAACCCAGGGGAUCUCGGAUUCACCAAAUGGUUUCCUCCCAAAUAAUCUGGAGGAGCCAGCCUGCCUUGAAAACUCCGAAAAGCCAUCAGGAAAACGGAAGUGCAAGACCAAGCACAUGGCAAACGUCUCAGAAGAGACAAAGGGCAAAGGUCGUUGGAGCCAGCAGAAGACCCGCUCUCCCAAGUCUCCCACCUCAGCGAAACCCACAGAACCAUGCACACCCUCCAAGUGCCGAAGUGCCGGCCCAGAGGAGGCCUCAGAGUCACCCACAGCCCGACAGAUCCCCCCAGAGGCCCGGCGGCUCAUAGUGAACAAAAAUGCUGGCGAGACCCUCCUGCAGCGGGCAGCACGUCUCGGCUAUAAGGACGUGGUCAUGUACUGCCUGCAGAAGGACAGCGAGGACGUGAACCACCGCGAUAACGCGGGCUACACCGCCCUGCACGAGGCCUGUUCCCGGGGCUGGACCGACAUCCUGAACAUCCUGCUGGAGCAUGGCGCCAACGUGAACUGCAGUGCACAGGAUGGCACCAGGCCAGUUCAUGAUGCAGUGGUCAACGACAACCUGGAGACCAUCUGGCUCCUGCUGUCCUAUGGGGCUGAUCCCACGCUGGCCACCUACUCGGGUCAGACGGCCAUGAAGCUGGCCAGCAGCGACACCAUGAAGCGCUUCCUCAGUGAUCACCUCUCAGAUCUUCAGGGCCGGGCCGAGGGGGAUCCUGGUGUUUCCUGGGAUUUUUACAGCAGCUCCGUGUUGGAGAAAAAAGAUGGGUUUGCGUGUGACCUCCUCCGUAAUCCUCCUGGGAACGCUGAGCAAGAAGGAAAUGAUGGGGAAGAGGACGACUUCAUGUUCGAACUCUCAGACAAGCCUCUUCUCCCUUGCUACAACCUCCAAGUGUCAGUAUCCCGCGGGCCCUGCAACUGGUUCCUCUUUACCGACGUCCUGAAGAGGCUGAAGCUCUCCUCGAGGAUCUUUCAGGCCCGAUUCCCGCACUUUGAAAUCACCACCUUGCCCAAGGCUGAGUUCUUCCGGCAGGUGGCCUCCAGUCAGCUGCUGAGCCCCGCCGAGCGGCCCGCGGGCAUGGACGACAGAUCCCCCCCAGGCGCCUCGGAGACUGUGGAGCUGGUGCGCUAUGAGCCAGACCUGCUCAGGCUCCUGGGCUCCGAGGUGGAAUUCCAGUCUUGGAGCAGCUGACCAGGGAACCAGCCCCAGCCCUUUUCUUCUUUCUCCUCCCAAGUUCACCCUCCCCCCACCUCCCAUGUCUUUCCCCCCACCGAGCACCAGACUGCAGAAUGAGGCAAUAAUACGGACCAACAAGAAGCCGCCUUAUUAAUGCCAGCAUUAGUGACUGGAUCUGUUUGUUUGUUUUUGGGUUCCAAUUAGUUCUCAUCUCCCUGUCAUUGUUGUUGUGGUUGGUGAUGGGGGUGGAAAGUUGAACUCCGUGUCCGAGGACAGGAGGAGGUCCCGGGGAUGGGGGUGGGGUGGGAGGUGGCGCCAGGGUCCUUUGGACUGGCCUCCUUGUGUGUGACCAACACCAAACCUGGGCCCUGGAUGGCCGCGGGGCCUGAGGAGAAACGAGAAAAAGCCCAAAAUCUCUGAGUGCCCUCCCCUCCCCCCAUCGCCCUGCGCUCUUCUGUCUUCCAUAGUAUUUAUUUUAUUAGUAUUUAAUUUGUAUUGUUUCCUUGGUUUCUGAUAAGUCUGUAUCACUGUGACGAUUUGAGACAACUUUGUUGUAUUGAGGGAUGUUCUUGACCUUUUCUUUCUCGAUAAGCUCCAGGGCUGCUCCCUCCCUCUGACCCAAGUUAGUCCCAGGUCGGUCCCCCCCCGGCCCCCUGGGGGGGUGACGCGUGGUGGGGGGACUUCAGCUGGGUCUGAUGCAGCUGGGGGUACAUGCCGAGGCUUUGGUGCUCCCCCCCCCCAGGUUCUCCUCCUGCUCACCCCUGUCCUUUGUAGCAGCCCGGCUGUCUCCCUGUGGCAGUGAGGAGCCUGGAGGGUGGGUCUGAGGGGUCCCAGUGCCGCCGCUCACUUUCUUCACUGCUCCCCUCAGAGUGCACAAUGGGGGCUUCUUCCUGCACCCUUCCUGUGACCGCCCCCCCAUACUGAGCCUCGCACCUCCCAGCCCUCGUGCCCCGUCUCUACCCCUUCCCACACCCCUGGUACCCCUUUCCUCUCUCCCCUCCCUCCUCUUUUCUCCCGCUUCCCCCGGAUUCCCCCUGGCACCUGCACAGAUGUGAGAUCCAGGAUCAGCUGUCUCCCAGGCAAGAGCAGGAGGCUGGCAUCCAGUCCGCGCUCCACUCCUUCCCGGGGGCGGCUGGGCUGAGCGGGUGGCCCCUGCCGGCUUUCCCACCAGGCUCUGGGCCUCCAGUGCUGGGUUUAUGCGGGAGAGGGAGAGAGAAGAGCCAAGGAUCCAGGAUUGCUUCCCUGUCCCGCCCCCCCCCCCCCCCCGCCGUGGCGUGGCUUGGCGCAGCGCGGCGCUGUCUUUCCCGCUGUCGUCCUUAUUUUUCUACCAAUGGCUAUUUUUCCGAACAAUCCUUGUAGAGAGUUUGUACCAUUCAAAGGCGGGAGGGCCUUGCAGUGGCUGGCCCUGGUUGGAGAUGGUACAGUUUUAUUGUACAGGUGCUAAAACAACAACAACAAAAGAAGAAAACGGAAAAACAAAACAAAACAAAAGACAAAAAAAAGGAAAAAAAAAAAAAAGCCAGUUUGAGGAUGGGACAAUCUGUUCUCUGGAGGCUCCGAACCCAUGCCGGAGCGUUGGUGGUUAUUUUCUUUGUAUUGUGUCUGUUCCCCAGGGGAAGUUCUGGGCCCCCCUCUGUAGGACUGCUCCCCACCCCCUCCAUACUGCCCAGUUGGUUUUGAACAAUUGUUUUCCCUUUAAAAAACAAAAACAAAAACAAAAUAUAUAUAUAUAUAUAUAAAGUUGA